GAAUAAUUGUGAUGUCUAGCAGCAGGGUUGCCAGAUCUCACGCUUCCAGGCUCUGUGUCACGCUCUCACGCUGCUCGUAAAUCUCACGCCAGAUUGGCAACCCUGCUUGCGAUAUGAAACAGUCUCAGCUUUCAAGUUUUGUAAGUUUUAAUACGAAAUGUAAACAAUAAAUACAGUUUGGCGCACAUAAUGUGGCGUAAAUCGUAAAAUGUAGCGCUCCAGUUAAAGCCAGAGCCACAGAGUCGCGACAAGCUUUGAUCUCGCCGCGCGGUCACGUGGUUCACGGAGCUCUCCAAACAAACCAGCGUGGACCAUACAUUUGAAUGGGUUCUAGUAAAAUAGACGACAGCUUCACUAUACAAGGAUUUGCAGCAAUGUUUGAUCUGGUCCUUUAUACUGCAUAACAAUGAGCUGCGAUGCUGAAAAGAUUGAGUUUAAUGAAGAGGAAACAGAUGGUACAUGCCAUCAAUGUAGAAAGCGCUUCACAAGCAAAAGAAGUCUCAAAGAACACAUGAGGAUUCACACCGGAGAGAAACCGUUCACGUGCCCUCAGUGUGGAAAGAGUUUCUCACGUAAAGGAGUCUUUAUGAUUCACAUACGGAUUCACACCGGCGAGAAGCCGUUCGUGUGCCAGCAGUGUGGAAAGACUUUCACAAGUCGAGGAACACUUAACACUCACUUAAAGGUUCACAGUAAUGAGAAACCAUUCAAGUGCCCUCAGUGUGAAAAGCACUUUGGACGUAAAGACCACUUCAGUCGUCACAUGAGAGUUCACACGGGAGAUAAUCCAUUCUCUUGUCCUCAUUGUGGAAAAGUAUUUUUAACUAAAGGCAACCUUGAUAGUCACAUACGGAUUCACACCGGAGAGAAGCCGUUCACAUGCGAUCAGUGCGGAAAGAGUUACAAAUGGUCGAAUAGUCUCAGAAUUCAUAAGCUCUUUCACUCCGGAGAAAAGCCUUUCACAUGUGAUCAGUGCCAUAAGAGCUUUGUUCUGGAAUCAGACCUGAAGGCCCACAUGAAAACACACACUAAAGAGAAGCCUUACUUGUGUUAUGUCUGUGGGAAGAGUUUUUCAUGGCUGAUCCGUUUUAAAGACCAUCUGAAAAUACACUCUAGUGUGAAAGAGCAUUGCACUGAUGCACAGAAUAUGACUGAAGAAACAAGAGCUUAAGAGCUCAACGCUGAAUUAUUGCCCCUGCUUCACUUUAUUCUGUCAUUUGGGAUUCGAAA